AUGAUAUUAGAGAAUAUCAGCCUGCUCUCACAGACCCUCAGCCCAGACCCCCACAGACCCUCAGCACGGCCCUUCAGCACAGACCCUCAGCACAGACCCUCAGCACGGCCCUUCAGCACGGCCCCUCAGCACAGACCCUCAGCACAGACCCUCAGCACAGACCCUCAGCACGGCCCCUCAGCACAGACCCUCAGCACAGACCCUCAGCACAGACCCUCAGCACAGACCCUCAGCACGGACCCUCAGCACAGACCCUCAGCACAGACCCUCAGCACAGACCCUCAGCACGGCCCCUCAGCACGGACCCUCAGCACGGCCCCUCAGCACAGACCCUCAGCACGGACCCUCAGCACGGCCCCUCAGCACAGACCCUCAGCACGGACCCUCAGCACAGACCCUCAGCACAGACCCUCAGCACGGCCCCUCAGCACGUACCGUGCGUCUUGUCUCCCAGCAUUGAGCAGCGGCGGCUCCGAUGCAGGGGGAGCCGCGGUGGAGCCUCUCAGCCUCUCCGGGCCUGGGCCUCGGCCUGGGGGUAGAUACACGUCCUGGUCCCGGGGCCUGGGGGUAGUCACAAGUCCUGGUCCCGGGGUCUGGCCUCGCGGUGUCCUGCUCUGGUUCAGGUCCUGCUUCUCUGGACACUUGUUUCCUUUGGCACCGCGCGCGGCUCGCAGUGCGCUCGCUCUUUACCGCGCGCCGCUUAUCGCCAACUUGGGCAGCACGCGCCGUGAUUGGUAG